GUUCUCCCCUCGCCCUGCACAAGGCAAGCGCGGAGCUACUACGUGGACUGGAGGAUGCUGCGGGACGUCAAGAGACGGAAAAUGGCGUACGAGUACGCAGACGAGCGGCUGCGGAUCGAAGUGGCUGAUAAAGAAAUUGCUGACUUGCCCCGGGACAGCUGCCCCGUGAGGAUCCGAAAUAGGUGUGUCCUGACAUCCCGCCCUCGGGGAGUGAAGCGGCGAUGGAGGCUCAGCAGAAUCGUUUUCCGACAUUUUGCUGACCAUGCUCAGAUGUCUGGGGUACAGAGGGCUAUGUGGUAG